GGAAGGAGCCGGCGGCGGACGCGGCCCCCGGGCCCAGCGCCGCGUUCCGCCUCAUGGUGACCCGGCGCGAGCCGGCCGUGAGGCUGCAGUACGCGGUGAGCGGCCUGGAGCCGCUGGCCUGGUCGGAGGACCACCGCGUGUCGGUGUCCACCGCGCGCAGCAUCGCCGUGCUGGAGCUCAUCUGCGACGUGCACAACCCGGGCCAGGACCUGGUGAUCCACCGCACCUCCGUGCCCGCCCCGCUCAGCAGCUGCCUGCUCAAGGUUGGCUCAAAAACAGAAGUUGCAGAGUGCAAGGAGAAAUUUGCCGCCUCUAAAGACCCUACCGUCAGCCAGACUUUCAUGCUGGACAGGAUGUUCAACCCUGAGGGGAAGGCUCUGCCCUCAAUGCGAGGGUUCAAGUACACUAGCUGGUCUCCCAUGGGCUGUGAUGCGAAUGGCAGAUGCCUCCUGGCUGCUCUGACCAUGGACAAUCGCCUGACUGUCCAGGUGAACCUUAACAGACUCCAGUGGGUGCAGCUGGUGGAUCUGACUGAGAUUUAUGGAGAGCGUCUUUAUGAAACUAGUUACAGGCUCUCUAAAAAUGAGGCCCCGGGGGGGAACCUUGGGGAUUUUGCUGAGUUUCAGAGGAGACACAGCAUGCAGACGCCGGUCAGGAUGGAGUGGUCGGGCAUCUGUACCACUCAGCAGGUCAAGCACAACAAUGAGUGCCGGGAUGUGGGCAGUGUGCUCCUGGCUGUCCUCUUUGAAAAUGGCAAUAUCGCUGUGUGGCAGUUUCAGCUGCCAUUUGUAGGAAAGGAGUCCAUCUCUUCGUGCAACACGAUUGAGUCAGGAAUCAGCUCACCUAGUGUUUUGUUUUGGUGGGAAUAUGAGCACAACAAUCGGAAAAUGAGUGGCCUUAUUGUAGGGAGUGCUUUUGGACCCGUAAAGAUUCUCCCCGUCAACCUCAAGGCAGUCAAAGGCUACUUCACGCUAAGGCAGCCCGUUGUCUUGUGGAAAGAAAUGGACCAGUUGCCUGUGCACAGCAUCAAAUGUGUGCCACUUUAUCACCCUUACCAGAAGUGCAGCUGCAGCUUAGUGGUGGCUGCCAGGGGCUCGUAUGUGUUCUGGUGUCUUCUGCUAAUCUCCAAGGCAGGCCUGAAUGUCCACAAUUCCCACGUCACAGGCCUUCACUCGCUGCCCAUUGUCUCCAUGACUGCAGACAAACAGAAUGGGACAGUGUAUACUUGUUCCAGUGACGGGAAGGUGAGGCAGCUGAUUCCCAUUUUCACAGAUGUGGCGUUAAAGUUCGAACACCAGCUGAUUAAGCUCUCAGAUGUGUUUGGCUCGGUGAGGACUCACGGGAUCGCAGUGAGCCCCUGUGGAGCCUAUCUGGCCAUCAUUACCACUGAGGGAAUGGUCAACGGCCUCCAUCCCGUUAACAAAAACUACCAGGUCCAGUUUGUCACUCUCAAAACCUUUGAAGAAGCAGCUGCUCAGCUUCUGGAAUCUUCCGUUCAAAAUCUCUUUAAGCAGGUAGAUUUAAUAGACCUAGUACGCUGGAAGAUUUUAAAAGAUAAACACAUUCCUCAAUUUUUACACGAGGCUUUGGAAAAGAAGAUUGAGAGCAGUGGGGUCACCUAUUUUUGGCGCUUUAAGCUUUUCCUCCUGAGGAUUUUGUACCAGUCAAUGCAAAAAACCCCGUCAGAAGCCUUGUGGAAACCCACCCAUGAGGACUCGAAAAUCCUGCUGGUUGACUCUCCUGGGACGGGCAAUGCCGAGGAGGAACAGCAGGAAGAAGGUACUUCCUCCAAGCAGGUGAGCAAGCAAGAGAGGAGCAAGGAAGGUGAUGCGGAGGAGCCAGCGGAUGACUCGCUGCCCCCCUCAGGAGAUUCAGGGAGUCGGGAGCCCAUGGAGGAAAAACUCCUGGAGAUCCAAGGAAAGAUCGAGGCUGUGGAGAUGCACCUGACGAGGGAGCACAUGAAGCGCGUCCUCGGUGAAGUGUACCUGCACACCUGGAUCACGGAGAACACCAGCAUCCCCACCCGCGGGCUCUGCAACUUCCUGAUGUCUGAUGACGAGUACGACGACAGAACAGCGCGGGUGCUGAUCGGACAUAUCUCCAAGAAGAUGAACAAGCAGACUUUCCCUGAGCACUGUAGCUUGUGUAAGGAGAUCUUGCCGUUCACAGAUCGCAAACAGGCCGUCUGCUCCAAUGGGCACAUUUGGCUCCGGUGCUUUCUAACCUACCAGUCCUGUCAGAGCUUGAUAUACAGAAGGUGUUUGCUUCACGACAGCAUUGCCCGGCACCCGGCUCCGGAAGAUCCUGACUGGAUUAAGAGGCUGCUGCAAAGCCCGUGCCCGUUUUGUGACUCUCCUGUCUUCUGAGUGGCUGUGGUGGAGGAGGGAAGGGCGUGAGCUCCCUGGAGAAUGCCCUGCAGCCUGAAGAGUGGGUGCGAGAGGAAGCCUGGCCCUCGCCGGAAGAGAUGCUCUCGUGACUGUGAGGAGGGCCUCCCGGGAGCUCAGUGUUCAAGUGCCCAUGCCAUCGCCAGGGACUAAAGGAUAUCUUUUUAUAUGACCGGAUGCAGAGGGUUUGAGUCGUUUUGAGAUGAACCUUAGUCCCCAGCCCCUUACCCAAUGAAGAACGCUUAUUUUUCAAGUGUCUUGAUGGAAACAGUUUGAACAAAAGGAAUGUCCUGUCAUUUCUAGGAACAUAAUGGUCUCUUCUCGGGAGUUUGUGUACGGACCUUCUGGAUCAAGUGAGGCUUCAAUCCUUGCUUUGGUCUGGGCCUGCCUUGUGCUCCAGAGAGCUGAAUUGCCCGACACGUGGUGUUGCUUGUACCAGCAGAUGCUCGUUCAUCUAAAACCAUGUGUGGCUGGUGUUUUGCUCUCAGUGAAUAGCUACAGAUCUGUACCCCAUUGACUCUUUAUUUUUCAUGCAUAUAGAAAAUGUUUUCCUAAAACUAUAUUUUUAAGAUGUUGAAGCCAAGACUAAAGUCAGUUUUAAUGUAUCAGAUAGUCAGGUGACUAUGAGAAGUUAAUGACUGUGACUUAUUUUUCUCUUCUGUGUCAUCAGGUUUCCUGAUCCAGCUCCUAAAUGUGUAUAAAGAUGUCCAGUGCUCCAUUUCACCCCAUCAUGGCCCUGCUUCAGACUUAAUUGUGGUAACCUAGAUAAUUUGUGUAAAGAAGAAAAAAUGUUUUCCUUUUAGUAUGAAAUUGAAACUUGAGUAUUUUUAAUGUCAGCAUUCUCAGGUGUCACACUGAGCGUCUCGGCCAGGGACUUUGGAGAGAGGCAGGGAGCUAGGAAGUAGAGCCCCUGAGCCUGGUGUACCAGCACCUGCGGUGCGGUUGAGCAGAGCCUAGUGAUUUGUCUCAGCAGGGACUUUGGUAUUUGGAAUACAUGUCUUUCCCUGCGGGCUAUGAAGAGGAGACAUCAGACAUCAAUUUUUGAUUAGUCCCUCUUAAAUCCUAAAAUAAGACAUUCUGGAAUUACAGUGACUCUGGAUUUUAAAAGUAUGUGUCCAAGGGAUUGGUGCUAACUAACUGAACUGUAAUGUACACCUUUUGAAAUGUUGUAUAUUUCUGGAAAGUUGGAUGGAAAAUACAAAAACUGAAAUGUUA